GCUCAGAGCACAACAGGGCUAACGCCCAGGGCUUUCUCUGAGAUGGCAGUGAAGUAAGUGGACCACUGAGAGAAGCCAAGACCCUAAGCUGAGCUGGAGAUCCUGCUGCUCUUCCUGGCGGGGACAUGGGGGACACAUCGAACAGGGAGAAGCCCCGUCUGCACUAUGCGGGUGACUUCACUUGGAACAGCAUGUCUGGCCGCAGUGUGCGCCUGAGGUCAGUCCCCAUCCAGAGCCUCUCAGAGCUGGAGCGGGCACGGCUGCAGGAAGUGGCUUUUUAUCAGUUACAGCAGGACUGUGACCUGGGCUGUCAGAUCACCAUCCCCAAAGAUGGACAAAAGAGAAAGAAAUCUUUGAGAAAGAAACUGGAUUCACUAGGGAAAGAAAAGAACAAAGACAAAGAAUUUAUCCCACAGGCAUUUGGAAUGCCCUUAUCCCAAGUCAUUGCUAAUGACAGGGCAUAUAAACUGAAGCAAGACUUUCAGAAGGAGGAACAGAAGGAUGCAGCGGAUUUUGUGUCUUCUCUCCUUCCAUUUGGCAAUAAAAGACAGAACAAAGAACUCUCAAGCAGUAACUCAUCUCUCAGCUCAACCUCCGAAACACCAAACGAGUCCACAUCCCCAAACACUCCAGAACCGGCUCCUCGGGCCAGGAGAAGGGGUGCCAUGUCAGUGGAUUCCAUCACCGAUCUGGAUGACAACCAGUCUCGACUCCUAGAAGCUUUACAACUUUCCUUGCCUGCUGAGGCUCAGAAUAAAAAAGAAAAGGCCAGAGAUAAGAAGCUGAGUCUGAAUCCUAUUUACAGGCAGGUCCCCAGACUAGUGGACAGCUGCUGCCAACAUCUGGAAAAACAUGGCCUCCAGACAGUGGGAAUAUUCCGAGUUGGGAGUUCAAAAAAGAGAGUAAGACAAUUGCGUGAGGAAUUUGACCGUGGGAUUGAUGUCUGUCUGGAAGAGGAGCACAGUGUUCACGACGUGGCAGCCUUGUUAAAGGAGUUCCUCAGAGACAUGCCUGACCCCCUUCUCACCAGGGAGCUGUACACAGCAUUUAUCAACACUCUCUUGUUGGAGCCUGAGGAACAACAGGGCACCUUGCAACUACUCAUCUACCUUCUACCUCCCUGCAACUGCGACACCCUCCACCGCCUCCUACAGUUCCUCUCCAUUGUGGCCAGACAUGCAGACGAUAAUGUCAGCAAAGAUGGACAAGAGGUCACUGGGAAUAAAAUGACAUCUCUAAACCUAGCAACCAUUUUUGGACCCAACCUGCUCCACAAGCAGAAGUCAUCAGACAAAGAAUAUUCUGUCCAGAGCUCAGCCAGAGCUGAAGAGAGCACAGCCAUCAUAGCUGUGGUUCAGAAGAUGAUUGAAAAUUAUGAAGCCUUGUUCAUGGUUCCCCCAGAUCUCCAGAACGAAGUGCUGAUCAGCCUUCUGGAGACAGAUCCUGAUGUCGUGGACUACUUGCUCAGAAGAAAGGCUUCCCAGUCCUCGAGCUCUGACAUACUUCAGUCGGAAGUUUCAUUUUCCAUGGGAGGGAGGCAUUCAUCUACAGAUUCCAACAAGGCCUCCAGUGGAGACAUCUCCCCUUAUGACAACAACUCCCCAAUACUAUCUGAGCGCUCCCUGCUGGCUAUGCAAGAGGACGGGGCCCGGGGGGGCUCAGAGAAGCUUUAUAAAGGGCCAGAGCAGUAUACAUUGGUGGGCCACUUGCCGUUGCCAAAGUUGAAGUCAAGAGAAAGUUCUCCUGGACCAAGGCUUGGAAAAGAUAUGUCAGAGGAGCCUUUCAAUAUCUGGGGAACUUGGCAUUCAACACUAAAAAGUGGAUCCAAAGAUCCAGGAAUGACAGGUUCCCAUGGUGACAUUUUUGAAAGCAGCUCCCUCCGACAGAGGCCCUGUUCCCUUUCUCAAGGGAAUCUAUCCCAAAAUUGGCCUCAGUGUCCAGGGAGCCCCAUUGGGCCGGACAGUGGCACUCAGGUAAUUCAGAGGACUCGGACAGCAGCCAUCGUGGAGCAGAGCAGUGUCCACCUUCCGGUGACACAUGUCUGCAGCACCCCCCACAUCCAGGGCAGUGGCAGGGGUCCCAGACGGCCUGCAGCUAGAUCUGAGCCACACUUGUCCCGAAACAGCACUGAAGACCUGCAAGAGGGCAAGAUGGAUGUGGCCUGGCUGCAAAGCCGGGCCGACAUUGUGUACCAGAGACCUCAAGAGAGUGGCAGAGAUGACAGGCGCCCUCCUCCUCCUUAUCCAGGAUCAGGGAAGCCUGCCAUGACUUCGGGCCAGCAGCAUGAAGUUUCAGGAACAGCUACAGAAGAAGGAGGCCAUCAGGCCUCAGGAGAGCAUCCAGCCAGGCCAAAAAAACUGAGCAGCACUUACUCCCCCUCAGCUAGUGAGCAGGUCAGGCAGAACUUGGGGGAGGCCAGUUGGCUUGACUGGCAGCAGGAGCGGUGGCAAAUCUGGGAGCUCCUGUCAACUGACAACCCCGACGCCCUCCCGGAAACCCUGGUAUGAGCUUGCCAGCAGC